AACACUUCGAAGAAAACAUGUUUUUAACGGCACAUAUAAAACGUCGUGGUGUCCAUCUUGGUCUUUGUGUAUGCGCUCGCCUGGUUAAGCAAAUCCCAAGUCGUCAAGCAACCAGAAAGAAACAACAACCAUGUCCAGUGCAUCAGAGAGGCAAAAGAGGGUCUUGCCCCUUUUCCAGUAUGUAUCCAUCUCUACCAAGGAUAAGUUUGGAUUGAGGGUCCAAAGGGACCCCCGCCUGGCAGGCUUGGGUGUGCUCGGAAGAGGUGUCCUCUUUUCCUGUUUCCACGCUGACCAUUUGAAGGAGGCAACUCAUCUCUAUGAAGUCUUGAUCAAUGCUGCAACUUUUGAAGAGUUUCUUGACCUGUGCCAUCAAUGCAGGGACUACGUGAAUGAAGGAUUGUAUGCAUACGCCGUAUCUGUUGCUAUUUUGCAUAGGAAAGAUUGUAGAGGUGUCAACUUGCCUCCUGUCCAAGAAAUCUUCCCCGAUAAGUUCGUCCCAGUCGAAACACUCUUUAAGGCUUACAAAGAAGUACAACUUCACCCCGAAGAUGAGGACAUCGUCAUCAACAUCGAAAAAACUGGUAAUGUCAUGGAUCCUGAAUACAACUUGGCAUACUACAGAGAGGAUAUCGGUAUCAAUGCUCAUCAUUGGCACUGGCAUUUGGUUUAUCCUGCUACAUGGAGACCUGAAGUCAUCGGCAGGAUCAAGGACCGGAAAGGAGAACUGUUCUUCUAUAUGCAUCAACAGAUGUGCGCCAGGUACGAUUGCGAACGACUUUCCAAUCACAUGCCACAGAUGAUUCCUUUCCACAACUUCCACGAUGGUUUGGAAGGUUAUUCCGCUCAUUUGACCUCAAACAUCAAUGGUUUGCCAUACUCAUCCAGAAAUAGUGGUCGCCAACUGGCUGAUUUACCCGAUUGCUCAGUUCAAGAUUUGGAAAGAUGGCGUGAAAGAAUCUUGGACGCCAUCGAUGUCGGCGUCGUCGUUGAUCCAAACGGUGGCGAGACUCCAUUGGACAAUGUCCAUGGCAUUAAUAUUCUUGGUAACAUCAUUGAAUCCAACUACGAUUCCGUCAAUGUUCCCUAUUAUGGCAGUCUUCACAACUGGGGACACGUUCUGUUCGCAGCUGCUCACGAUCCAGAUGGAAGAUUCAAGUUGAACCCUGGUGUUAUGGAUGACACAGCCACUGCUCUCCGAGAUCCAAUCUUUUACAGAUGGCACAGGUUCAUUGAUGACCUCUUCCAAGAAUACAAGAGGUCCCUACCUCCAUACUCAGUAGAGGAUUUGAGCUUUAGAGGUGUGACUGCAAAAUCAAUCUCCGUAAAAUCCAGUUCACCAAACACCAUCAAAACUUUCUUCAAGGAUGACUAUUUGGAUGUCUCACACGCCUUCUAUUUCCCAAGAUCUGGAGCUGUUAAAGUUCACUACAAGCAUUUGGAUCAUGAACAAUUCACCUAUAAAUUGGUGGUUGAAAACAGUGGAACCAAGACCAGACAUGCUAAAGUUCGAAUCUAUAUGGGACCUAAAUUCGAUCACUUGGGCAACGAAAAAACCAUUCGAAACAUUCGAAGAGUGAUGAUUGAAUUGGACUCUUUCCAUGUUGAAUUGAGGCCAGGUGAGAACACCAUUGAAAGAAGGUCAAUUGAUUCCAGUGUAACACUGCGCAAGCAGAAGACACUGAAAGAAUUGCUAAAAGGUGAAGGCGCUGGACAAAGAGCCGACGAAUACUGCAGCUGUGGAUGGCCUGAUCAUCUUCUCAUACCUAAAGGAGACACCACCGGACUCCCAUUCCACCUGUUUGCAAUUCUCACAGAUUAUUUCGAAGACACAGUUAAUGACCACGGCCGAACCAAUGAAUGCAUCGAUGCUGUGAGCUAUUGCGGAGCUAAGGACCAACUCUUCCCAGACAAACGAGCCAUGGGAUUCCCCUUCGACAGAGAAAUCAAGGCCUUCAACUACGACGAGUGGAAGCAACCAAAUAUGGUGCACACCGAGGUCACCAUCAAACACGAAGAAAACUAAAUCCCGAAAACAGAUUUUUGUGUCUUUGUGUGUGUCUUGCAACAACGAAGAGCUAUUUGUCAGAAAAGUAUUAUACGGAAGUUGAAAUUGGAAUACACUUUUUUUCUUUUAAUUUGGACUGGAGAGAGAGAAAAAUUCCAAUAAUUUACCCUGAAAACCAUUUAAAACUCUCUGUUGAAGAAUUUUCAAAAGAGUUAGCUCAUGCGAUAUAGUUUUUUUAUUUUUAUUUUUUUAUGAUUUUUCAAAAUAUUACUGAUUUUUGUCUUGUUAAACAAGAUCGGAUAUAAUAAAAUAGUAACAGAAAUUUUGAAAUAUAGCACUUGUAUUUCUCCUUAAAAGUAUAUUUUUUUAUUCAAAAAAAUUAUGUAUUUUUUAAAAAAUUAAUUUUGUUUGUAAAAUCAAUUUAACCUUUUUUUUGGUAUUUGAUAACUUUGAUUUUGGUUUACAAGCCUAUUCUAUGAUUUCAUUUUUAAAAAUUCAGAGAUAAGUUGCGUCAGGCUGAUAUAAUGCGCAGAUAAUGUUUUAGGAUUCUCUUAUUAUUCUGACGCUACCUAUCACUGCAUUUUUAUCACCAGGUCAGAAAAUAGGUUUGUAUGUUUUAUGGUGAAAAGCUUAGCACAAUUUAAGUUAACGAAUUAUCGAAAUCUUAAAUUGUUUAGUCACAUAACUAUUUAUAUUACAUUAUUUAGCAUAAAAGAGUAGUAUUAUAAUACAGUUUUAAAAUAAUCAGGUUUAGUUUUGAACUUUUAUCAUAGUCUCAAACUUUUAAUUCAAUUUAUUGAUUAAAAUAUGAACGUAAAAGAAAGUAAAAAAUUAUGUCAUUAUUGAUUUAUUAAAAUCAUUUAUUAUGUUCAAAGAAUAUGCUUAUGACAAUGUCUGAAUGAAAUAAAGCGGUUUGUAUCUAACUUAAUUUAAAUAGUUAUUGCAGGAGAAGACAGUAUUGUAAUUUAUAUGAUUAUUUCAAAACAAGCUGCAAAUUGCGAAAUCAUUCAUUCAUUGUACUGGAUUUAUGGAAUAUGUAAUCAGUGGAUAUCAAUAAAAUAGUACUUUUCUGGUGA